AUGAAACCACAGCAAACUCAGCCUCUUCCCCACUUCCGAGCCUUUCAGGCCUUCAGCCCACUUCGGGGUGCUCAUCCCCCCCCCCUAGACCGGUUCGCAGACCGCUUCCCGGCGCUGCCUUCGGAGCUGGGCCUCUCGCGGCGGCUGAAGCCCUUCGCUCGACGCGCAUCGCCGAGUGCGGCGAAGCUUCAAGAGACGAGCAGCCGCAGCUUGGAUUGGACCGACUCAUGGCCUCGGGAACCACGGCUGCAGCUGCUCUAUUCGCAUUUCUUGGCACAAGUCCUGGUGGCCUUGCCCUUGGCUGACGGUGUCCACAGUGAGAUCAAGCUCGUCACCGAGGAGUGUGAGAAGUUCCUGGAGCUGCGCGCAGCCUCCGCCGCCUCUGCCAUGGAGCACGAGGCGCGGACUGGGCACGUUGGACUGGGACAGGAGCUGCGCCUUAGUUGGGCUGCUUGGAGCUUCACAAAAGCAUUACCGGUCCUUGCAGAAGUUGGCUCGAACCGUAAAAAGACGCCAGUGUUUCCAGAUAACCUUUAUGGACUCACUCUUGCCAAGUUGAGGAGACUGGAAGGGACGACAUUGCCAAGUAAGCUUCAUAGCCUUUCCUUUUCUGAACAUUUCAACCAGAGUUUGGAAGCUCUUGUUUUCCCCAAGCAUCUCCAACAUAUCAGCUUCGGCUUCGAGUUCAACCAACCUUUGGAUCAAGUGACACUUCCUCAAAACCUUCAGAGCCUUCGCUUCGGCGACCGCUUAGACUAA